UGGUCGUCAGGGAAGAGACACACUUUCGACAGCACAACGCUUCCGGGUUGGGCUUCCGGGUUGUGCAACGUGGUGAGACGCGCGGUGAGCUUUCUCUGCCCAUUAGUGGAGUCAACUGCUGCGUUGAAAGACCGAAGGGACUUUUUUUUUAAACAAGGAAUUCUUCUUUCCCUAAACAAUUUCUCAACAACAUGACGUCUAAUUCCAAUUUAUCCAACAUGCGACGGCUGGUGGAACAACUGAAGCUUGAGGCCAGCGUGGAACGAAUCAAGGUGUCCCAGGCAGCUGCAGAGCUGCAGCAGUACUGUCUGCAGAACGCAGGCAAAGACGCCCUGCUGGUCGGAGUCCCCACAGGCAGCAACCCCUUCAGAGAGCCACGCUCCUGUGCUGUCGUGUGAAGAGGAGGAAGAAGUGGACACGUCUGGCAUCUUGCUCACUGAAGAUUAUGUUUUGUUUUUUAGGCCAUUUUUCUACUAUAUUUUAAUGUUUUUGAAGAGAAAUUUUCAAAUAAAUGUCUUGUUUUACCACAUCACUGUACUGCCAUUCCAUUUUUCAUCACAUUACAGAGCAUUGUGUACUUCAUCGUCUCUGUUGAAAUACUUUUUCAAUGCUGUAUUAGUGUGAUCCCUGUCGUACACACUGGACAGAGGAGCCAUAAAAGCGAUUAAGCGGAUGUUUCUA